ACACUUUUUGAUCAACUAAUCCAUCGUCUGGUGGUUUCUAAUCCAUUUAUUUUGCAUUUCAGAUUAUGGGUUCUUGUUAAUUCCUCCUUUUAUUCUAGGUUGUUAUUCACAUAUACAAAUUACUACCCAUUUCUUAUGCAGAGAUGGAAAGAAGAAAGUGGGAGGAUUUAGAAAUGAACUGUUUGAUGAAUGUGCUUCAAAGAGUAGGCAUGGAAUCAUUGCUAUUGGAUGUACCAUUCGUGUGCAAGUCAUGGUGUAAAGCAAGCCUUGAUCCUCUGUGCUGGGAGAGCCUUAAUUUUCCUCCUGAUCUAUCAUUUGACCGCUUUACAGAAAGAUUUAUGGAUGUGUAUAGAGGGAAAUCAAUGUGUUUGACAGCAUUCACAAAGCUCAUUAUAGAUCACAGCCAUAGAAAAGCUACUCUUCUUAGUCCCCCAUAUUGCUUCUCAGAAGAAGAGUUCAAAUGUCCUGCCUUAACAACUUUGGAUCUUCAGCACGUAUAUCUAACGAUGGUCAUUGAUCGUCCAAGAAUCGUUGAACAACUCAUAGGAAAGUGGAGGAAUCUGAAGGAACUGUAUUGGUUUGGGGUUGGCAUCCUUGGCGUUGCAGUAGCUGUGAUAUGUAAUUUAAAGUCAAGAUUUUUGAAAUGUGUUGCUUUCAGGGGCUUUCUCAUCAGUAUAAAUGAAGUGUGAUGAGCAUCCUGUAAGGAUCACAACCAUUUUUCUUUCCUUUUGCUAUCUAAUUGCAAUAAUUACUAGUGAAUAUUCUUAAAAGUAGGUGAUGGAUGAAGACUUGGUCCAUUAUAAAUUUUAGACACAUAUAUAAGUUUAGCUUAUUUUAUAAGGUGACUUGAGUUGAGUUUCUUAUAAUAUAUUAUCACUAAUCACUAUUGAAAAUCCAAGUUUUUUCCUGCAUUUAUUUAUUAAUUAAAUGGGUGUUCAAGAAAGUUUUUUUGAAUGGGUAAGCAUGAGAUUUGUUCCUUAUAUGGUGAUGACCUGGAGACUGCUGUACAUUUAUUCUUUAGAUGCCCGAGAGUGGCUGAGGUUUGGUAUGCCAGCCCACUCCCAAUGCAUGAAGGCUUCGGUGUUUGGAUGGCAAGGGACUCUGGAACAGGUUCUCGCUCGAGUGUUGGAAAUGGAUGCAAAGGACUUCUUGGAGCUUUUCGGCUUGGGCCAUUUUGCAAGCUAGAAAUGCUGUCAUUUUUAAU